UCCGCUAGUGGAUCCCCUCCAGGGCCUCCCACAGGGUUGUUCCAGGCCUCAGCUUUGCCGGAAGGCCACACCACCUCCGACCUCCGCCUGCUCUGGGGAUGCUCCCAGCCCUGCUGCGGCAGAAUGCGAAGUGCUAACCGGAAUCCCUAGGCCACCUGUCUCCUACCCAUACUUGGAGGCCCCGCUCAGACGGUCCUUAAAACGUCUGAAAGGCCGUUCCUGCCAGAGUCCCUGCUACCUGUUACCUCCACCCUUAUUUAGUCCUAGUGGACAGCCUCGCUCACCCCUGGGAUGACACUUCUGGCGGGUCUCAGGUCAGGGUCCAGCAGCCCUGACCUGACAUGUGGAGCCAGAGCCACCCAAUCCCGUAGGGACAGGUUUCACAACUUCGCGGAUGGGGCUGUGAUGGGUCACAGUGCAGCCUCCAGCCAGGAGGAUGGAGUGGCUCCCACUCCUGCUGCUUCUGACCCAAUGCUUAGGGGUCCCUGGGCCUUCCACUACAAUGUGAGCAGCCAUGGUUGCCAACUGCUGCCAUGGACUCAACACUCGCCCCACACGAGGCUGCGGCAUUCUGGGCGCUGUGACCUCUUCCAGAAGAAAGACUACAUACGGACCUGCGUCAUGGACAAUGGGGUUGGGUACCGGGGCACCGUGGCCACAACCGUAGAUGGCCUGCCCUGCCAGGCUUGGAGCCACAAGUUCCCGAAUGAUCACAGAUACACGCCCACGCUCCGGAAUGGCCUGGAAGAGAACUUCUGCCGUAACCCUGAUGGCGACCCCGGAGGUCCUUGGUGCUACACAACAAACCCUGCCGUGCGCUUCCAGAGCUGCGGCAUCAAAUCCUGCCGGGAGGCCGCGUGUGUUUGGUGCAAUGGCGAGGAUUACCGCGGCGCGGUGGAUCGCACGGAGUCAGGGCGCGAGUGCCAGCGCUGGGAUCUCCAGCACCCGCACCAGCACCCCUUCGAGCCGGGCAAAUUCCUCGACCAAGGUCUAGACGACAACUAUUGCCGGAAUCCUGACGGCUCCGAGCGGCCCUGGUGCUACACCACGGAUCCGCAGCUCGAGCGAGAGUUCUGUGACCUUCCCCGCUGCGGGUCCGAGGCACAGCCCCGCCACGAGGCCACGACUGUCAGCUGCUUCCGCGGGAAGGGUGAGGGCUACCGGGGCACAGCCAACACCACCACCGCGGGCGUACCUUGCCAGCGUUGGGACGCGCAAAUCCCGCAUCAGCACCGAUUUACGCCAGAAAAAUACGCGUGCAAAGACCUUCGGGAGAACUUCUGCCGGAACCCCGACGGCUCAGAGGCGCCCUGGUGCUUUACACUGCGGCCCGGCAUGCGCGUGGCCUUUUGCUACCAGAUUCGGCGUUGUGCGGACGACGUGCGGCCCCAGGGUGAGGCCCAAGCUUGGGGGCUAGAGCCGGGGCUGGAAGCCUGGAACCGGAGGGCCAGGGCGAGGUCUCGGCCUGAUGGCUGCCCCCACCCGCCGCAGACUGCUACCACGGCACAGGGGAGCAGUACCGCGGCACGGUCAGCAAGACCCGCAAGGGUGUCCAGUGCCAGCGCUGGUCCGCUGAGACACCGCACAAGCCGCAGUUCACGUUUACCCCUGAACCGCACGCACAACUGGAGGAGAACUUCUGCCGGAACCCAGAUGGGGAUAGCCAUGGGCCCUGGUGCUACACGAUGGACCCAGGGACCCCAUUCGACUACUGUGCCCUGCGACGCUGCGUUGAUGACCAGCCGCCAUCAAUCCUGGACCCCCCAGGUUAGGAGUUGGGCCAGUUAUGGGUCAGGUCCUUUAGCCCACCACAUCCACACAGUCUGGGUUUCAUCCAGCCCAUCCCAUCCCACAGACCAGGUGCAGUUUGAGAAGUGUGGCAAGAGGGUGGAUCGACUGGAUCAGCGUCGUUCCAAGCUGCGUGUGGUUGGGGGCCAUCCGGGCAACUCACCCUGGACAGUCAGCUUGCGGAAUCGGCAGGGCCAGCAUUUCUGUGGCGGGUCUCUAGUGAAGGAGCAGUGGAUACUGACUGCCCGGCAGUGCUUCUCCUCCUGCCAUAUGCCUCUCAUGGGCUAUGAGGUAUGGUUGGGCACCCUGUUCCAGAACCCACAGCAUGGAGAGCCAGGCCUACAGCGGGUCCCAGUAGCCAAGAUGGUGUGUGGGCCCUCAGGCUCCCAGCUUGUCCUGCUCAAGCUGGAGAGAUCUGUGACCCUGAACCAGCGUGUGGCCCUGAUCUGCCUGCCCCCUGAAUGGUAUGUGGUGCCUCCAGGGACCAAGUGUGAGAUUGCAGGCUGGGGUGAGACCAAAGGUACGGGUAAUGACACAGUCCUAAAUGUGGCCUUGCUGAACGUCAUCUCCAACCAGGAGUGUAACAUCAAGCACCGAGGACGUGUGCGGGAGAGCGAGAUGUGCACUGAUGGACUGUUGGCCCCUGUGGGGGCCUGUGAGGGUGACUACGGGGGCCCACUUGCCUGCUUUACCCACAACUGCUGGGUCCUGGAAGGAAUUAUAAUCCCCAACCGAGUGUGCGCAAGGUCCCGCUGGCCAGCCGUCUUCACGCGUGUCUCUGUGUUUGUGGACUGGAUUCACAAGGUCAUGAGACUGGCUUAGGCCCAGCCUUGACCCCAUAUGCCUUGGGAAGGACAAAACUUCUUGUCAGACAUAAAGCCACUUUUCCUCUUUACGCCUGUA